UCAAUCACAAAUUGUUUAUCGCAAUUCAAAAAAAAGAGAAGCAAAUAAACGACGCCUUCAGUCAAUUUAUUAACUCAGAAAAGGGAACAUCAUGCGGGCCAAGUUAACUACUGCGGUUUUAGUUCUUAUCAUUUUAAACGCGACUUCAGGUAUUCCGAAACCGAGGAUAAUAAAUGGAGUUGAGGUACCAGUAGGAGCACUUCCCUGGCAAGUCAUCCUAAAGAAAAGCCCAUCAGAUGACCUCUUGUGUGGUGGCUCCGUGGUGGCAGAAAAUUGGGUUCUUACAGCUGGCCAUUGCACCUACGGGCAGACAUCGAUCUUUCUCAUCUUUGGAACGAACAAUUUGAAUACCUACAGUGUAUCAAUGACUUCUAAUGAAUUCUUUCUUCAUCCCGAAUAUGAUCCGGCAACCUUGAAUAAUGAUGUGUCACUAAUUAAAUUGCCCAUGUCAUUGAAUUUUUCAGCAAGCAUUAAGCCAAUAAAACUUGUCUCCCAAAACGAUCUAAGUAAAAGCUUCAUAGGAACAACUGCCUUAAUAGCAGGAUAUGGAUAUACAGACGACGAGGACCUUGAGUUUUCUGAGGCUCUAUUGGCUGCUUUGGUGGUUAUCAUUGACAACGAAACAUGCGCCGCUCAAUACGGUGAUGAAAUUGUUCUUGAAUCGACAAUGUGCGGAAAAGGAACAAGUGGAUAUCAGAGUAUAUGCAGUGGUGAUUCAGGUGGUCCGCUUGUGAUUAUGCAGUCUAAAGACGAAUUAAUACAAAUUGGGAUUAAUUCAUUUGUUGCGCAGGAUGCAUGUACUGAAGGUUUUCCCUCGGGCUAUGCACGACUCACUUCAUUCCUUAGCUAUAUUCAGUCAACUAUGGAUAAUAAUUCUUAAAAAAAGAAAAAUCUCGUAGAGAAUCACUGGAACUUGCCGAAAAUAAAUAUAAAACUUUAAAAUUGUUGA